AGAUCCAACGGCUACUUCGUACAGGAACUUACCUCUAAUCUGCUGUCCUGCUAUAGGAAAGCAAUGUCACACCCAUUCUGUCCAACGACAUUCCUCGAUGAACCAGAGAACAUAACAAUGAUCCGAACAAUCCAAUCGUAGACAAGGACAUAUGGAACAAAACCUCCAAAUAUCAGAAAGAUCCAACGGCUCAAGUGUCCACAAUCGUCCUUCCCACAAGCUGUCCUGCUGCUGGACGAAAAUUGGCAGCACCCCUUGUUUCCUUCUUCUUUCUUUCCUUGAUAUCCUUUUCUUCUAUCUAUCUACUACUUGUUUCUGAAAAGGGGAUGGUGGUUUUGGGGUGGUGAAACCAGGUGGAAGAAAGAGAGCAAGAGAGGGACGUGGAAGAGAGUGAGGGGAAGGGAUGAGAAGAAAAUAAGAGAUAAGAGGAUGGGGCAGAUUUUUAUCUCCCUUAUCUAGAAUUCUCCAGCCCUCCAAAUUGUCCAUUUAGCGCUAAACUUUCCUUCACUAGCAAUUAAGUCUAAACCUUUCACUAUUCACUUUCUUUUUGGGUCAAAAGACCAAUUUUUGAACCAAAAAGAAAGUGAAUAGUGAAAGUUUUAGACUUAAUUGCAAGUGAAGGAAAGUUUAGGGCCAAAUGGACAAUUUGGAGGGCUGGAGAAUUCUAGAUAAGGGAGAUAAAAAUCUGCCCCAUCCUCUUAUCUCUCAUUUUCUUCUCAUCCCUUCCCCUCACUCUCUCCCACGUCCCUCUCUUGCUCUCUUUCUUCCACCUGGUUUCACCACCCCAAAACCACCAUCUCCUUUUCAGAAACAAGUAGUAGAUAGAUAGAAAGAAAAGAAUAUCAAGGAAAGAAAGAAGGAAACAAGUGGUGCUGCCAAUUUUCGUCCAGCAGCAGAACAACUUGUGGAAAGGACGAUUCUGGACACUUGAGCCGUUGGAUCGUUCUGAUAUUUGGAGGUAUUGUUCCAUAUGUCCUUGUCUACGAUUGGACCGUUCGGAUCAUUGUUAUUAUCUCUGGUUCAUCGAGGAAUGUCGCUGGACAGAAGGGGCGCGACAUUGCUUUCCUGUAGUAGGACAACAGAUUAGAGGUACAAUCCUGUACGAAGUAACCGUUGGAUAUUUCUAGAAAUUUGGUAUAAUGUUAAGUUUAUAUGUUUCUUUGAGUUGACCGUUAGGAACUUAGUUUUGAUAUCGGAGUGGUCAGGAACAAUUGUUAGAAGUAGGGGAGUUGGAUUGAAGUGAGAAGAAAGUAGCUGACAGUUUCGAAACGUCAAUUUAAAAUGAUUUCUAGGCUCAAAAUACUGAUCGAAAUGGUCUGAAAUUUGGAUAUGUUGUAGCCCUAUGAAUCUAGUUUCAGUAGCAGCAAGAAUCAACUGAUUUGGUUAAGUAUCAAAGGAGAAAUGACCGAAAUGAUGAUGCAGGGUAAAGUGUACGGUCGUAUCACUUCCCUAGUGGCCUUAUCGACAUGCAUGAACACAACCAUGAUUUUGAUGACUGUAUACGUAUCUUGGUGCUUGAAUAACUUGGAAAUCAUGUAUAUAAAGGUAAGGAGCAAGCCGGGGGGCUCAUCCAAAGGCAAGGGCAUAGCCGAGUGAAGAUAAAAUUGUUAGUAGAUUCUAAUCUUAAAUCUACUUCAACAUAAUAACAGUAUUCAGGUCAACUUCAUACCAAAUGCAGAUAAUGAAUAAACACCAAUAAGCCAUAUCACCUAGCCAUAUCAUUUCCCAUGAAUUCACAUAUUAUACCGGAGCCGCUUCAUGACCCCGAUAUGUAUUCGGGCCGCUUCAUGACCCGAAUACUGUUAUUAUGUUGAAGUAGAUUUAAGAUUAGAAUCUACUCACUAUUUUAUCUUCACUCGGCUAUGCCCUUGCCUUUGGAUGAGCCCCCGUCUUGCUCCUUACCUUUAUAUACAAGAUUUCCAAGUUAUUCAAGCACCAAGAUACGUAUACAGUCAUCAAAAUCAUGGUUGUGUUCAUGCAUGUCGAUAAGGCCACUAGGGAAGUCAUACGACCGUACACUUUACCCUGCUUCAUCAUUUCGGUCAUUUCUCCCUUGAUACUUAACCAAAUCAGUUUAUUCUUGUUUCUACUGAGACUAGAUUCAUAGGGCUGCAACGUAUUCAAAUUUCAUACCAUUGGGAUCAGUAUUUUGAGCCCAGAAAUCAUUUUAAAUUGACGUUUCGAAACUGUCAGCUACUUUCUUCUCACUUCAAUCCAACUCCCCUACUUCUAACAAUUGUUCCUGGCCACUCCGAAAUCCAAACUAAGUUCCGAACGGUCAACUCAAAGAAACUUAUAUACUUAACAUUAUACCAAAUUUCUAGAAAGAUCCAACGGCUACUUCGUACAGAAUCUUACCUCUAAUCUGCUUUCCUGCUAUAGGAAAGCAAUGUCGCACCCCUUCUGUCCAGCUACAUUCCUCGAUGAACCAGAGAUCAUAACAAUGAUCCGAACGGUCCAAUCGUAGACAAGGACAUAUGGAACAAAACCUCCAAAUAUCAGAACGAUCCAACGGCUCAAGUGUCCAGAAUCGUCCUUCCCACAAGCUGUCCUGCUGCUGGACGAAAAUUGGCAGCACCCCUUGUUUCCUUCUUCUUUCUUUCCAUGAUAUCCUUUUCUUUCUAUCUAUCUACUACUUGUUUCUGAAAAGGGGAUGGUGGUUUUGGGGUGGUGAAAACCAGGUGGAAGAAAGAGAGCAGGAGAGGGACGUGGGAGAGAGUGAGGGAAGGGAUGAGAAGAAAAUGAGAGAUAAGAGGAUGGGGCGGAUUUUUAUCUCCCUUAUCUAGAAUUCUCCAGUCUUCCAAAUUGUCCAUUUGGCUCUAAACUUUUCUUCACUUGCAAUUAAGUCUGAAACUAUAUAAAGGUAAGGAGCAAGCCGGGGGUUCAUCCAAAGGCAAGGGCAUAGCCGAGUGAAGAUAAAAUUGUGAGUAGAUUCUAAUAUUAAAUCUACUUCAACAUAAUAACAGUAUUCGGGUCAUGAAGCGGCCCGAAUACAUAUCGGGGUCAUGAAGCGUCUCCGGUAUAAUAUGUGAAUUCAUGGGAAAUGAUAUGGCUAGGUAAUAUGGCUUAUUGGUGUUUAUUCAUUAUCUGCAUUUGGUAUGAAGUUGGAAAUACCAUGAAUUGUGUAAGGGAUAUGGAAAGACAUUUUGUUGGUUGAUCUUGUGUAUGCCUCUGCAAAUUUCUAUUGUGCCUCUGCAAAAGCGGUCUUGGCAGUGGUGUGUUCUUUGACUUGGCCAAUGCUGGACGCGGGUUCGAAUCUUGUUGGACGCGUUCCUUUAUUAUUAUGUAACACCUUAGGCAAAUCCCACAUCGACAAAGCACGGGAGAGAUCCAUGGUUCAUAAGUAGGAAACCAACCUUAACUGACAAUACGCGUUUUGGGGUGUAAUGGAAGAGUUCUUGUGAGAACUCCGAAGUUAAACGUGCUCAGUGUGGAGUAGAACAAGGAUGGGUGACCUUAUGGGAAGUCACCUUGAAUUGCACCCCAAGUCAAAAAUCCGUGAGGGUGUAGAGGCCCAAAGCGGACAGUAUCUUGACGGGAAAAGGUUCCGGAUGUUACAAGUGGUAUCAGAGCCUCUCCGCGUCCCACUUGAACGAUGGUGGGCAAACCUCAAUGAGGGCCUUGAGUCCCAAGGGGGGGUGUAUGUAACACCUUAGGCAAAUCCCACAUCGACAAAGCACGGGAGAGAUCCAUGGUUCAUAAGUAGGAAACCUAACAAUACGCAUUUUGGGGUGUAAUGGAAGAGUUCUUGUGAGAACUCCGAAGUUAAACGUGCUCAGUGUGGAGUACAACUAGGAUGGGUGACCUUAUGGGAAGUCACCUUGAAUUGCACCCCAAGUCAAAAUACGUGCGGGUGUAGAGGCCCAAAGAGGACAGUAUCUUGUUGGGGAAAAGGUUCAGGAUGUUACAAGUGGUAUCAGCCCAAAGAGGACAGUAUCUUGUUGGGGAAAAGGUUCAGGAUGUUACAAGUGGUAUCAGAGCCUCUCCGCGUCCCUCUUGAAGAUGGUGGGCAAACCUCAACGAGGGCGUUGAUUCCCAAGGGGGGGGGGGGAGGGGGAAUGUAUGUAACACCUUAGGCAAAUCCCACAUCGACAAAGCACGGGAGAGAUCCAUGGUUCAUAAGUAGGAAACCGGCCUUAACUGACAAGACGCGUUUUGGGGUAUAAUGGAAGAGUUCUUGUGAGAACUCCGAAGUUAAACGUGCUUAGUGUGGAGUACAACAAGGAUGGGUGACAUUAUGGGAAGUCACCUUGAAUUGCACCCCAAGUCAAAAUCCGUGCGGGUGUAGAGGCCCAAAGCGGACAGUAUCUUGUCGGGAAAAGGUUCGGGAUGUUACACAAAACUUGGGCAAAAGCCAUGCUUGAAGCUCAACACCAGCGAGAGAAUGAGAUUAAAGCUCGGUUAGAGGCCAUAACCCAUUUUCUCAGAACAUAUGAAAUUAUUGAAGAAGAAAGGGGUCUUUUCGCUGAGUUGGAUGCUCUUUAGAAAGAUGAGGAGAUUAUGUGGCGUCAAAGGUCUAGAAUUCAAUGGUUAGCGGAGGGAGACCGCAAUACAAAAAAUUUCCACAA